UGCCCGAGACUGGGGAUGGGUGGGCAGGAUCAUCUCCCCCCACCCCCGGAGCCGGCCCCGCCCCCACUGGCACCUGGACCAAAACGGGGUCCAGUUGGUACUGGCCUGCUGCGGCCGGCCGCUGCAGCCCCGCCCCCACAGUCCAGCCGCUGCGGCCGCAGGCCGCGCGCGGGUGUCCACGGCCCCAGCUCGGAUUUCCAGCCCCACGCCCGGAGCCGCUUCGAGGUUCUAGAAGAGAUUGACAUGAUGGGAAGCAACAGGAUGCAGAUCUUCCUCCUCGGUCUCCUGGUCCUGGCGAUGUUCUGUAGUCCAGGCAGUGCUCUGAAAUGCUUCCAGUGUGACUCUCCCGUACAGCCCUGUACCAAGAACGUCACUUGUAGAGCGGAGGACGACGCAUGCCUUCAGGUUAUUUCUGGUGGAGCUUACUACCAUUCCUGUUGGAAAUAUGCCAACUGCAACAUGGAGAAGAUUGGAGCAGCCUUUCCCGUGGCCAGUGCCCGCUACGCUUGCUGCCAGCGUGAUCUGUGCAACGCUGCGGGGAUGGGGACUGCGGUCAGCAAGGCAACCAUGAUUGCCGGCCUGUUGGUGGUGGUGGCCAGGAGCUUCUCUCUUUAAUUGAGUGGAAGGGGAAAGAGCCUGAAGGAACAUGUGUGUGUGUGUGUGUGUGUGUGUGUGUGUGUGUGUGUGUGUGUGUGUGCACGCCUGUUGGGGUGGGGGAAGUGGUUUUCCAUUUCCCUGUCCAUGAGAUCUCAAGUAUUAUUUCUCUCACUAAGUGCAUUUUGUGUAGGAGAAAGAUGUUUCGUUACAGCUGUCCGUUUGAGAAGCAGGUACCCAAAAGUCGUGCAGGGGGGAGUAUAUUAUCUGGAUGGCAUUCUCGUUCCCAAGCAAGCCACCCAUCUAGGGAGACAUUUUAAACUCUGAAGUGAUGGAAAGAACUCUGUAGCUGCUGCUAACUUGUCAUUUCUGAGGGCUUCCUCAAGCUGCCCUGGCUUCCCCAACCCUCCACCCCAUAGCUGUGUCUACAUCUUGGGUGACAAGAUUAGCCAGGAGAAUUCCCGUGUGGUAUUUCUUCCCACUUACCCAAGUAACUCAGUUCAUGGUCUUGACUAAGUCGCUGUCCCUUCUCAUUCCUUGGCCUUCAAAUUCAGAGUCUUUUUUUUUUUUAAUUAAUGCUUCCAUCACUGCACGAACUAUUCAGGCCCAUCCUUCUGGCUCUCGAGCCACUUUUCAAGCACUCCCUUCUCAGCCACAGAGAAAGAACACAUUAGCCCAGUCUAAAAAUAGACCCUGCCCAGAGAACAAGUGUCAUUAAAACCCUUGUUUCAUUGUGAUUGGAACGGGUUCUGAGAAAUGUCUGCGUGACAGGGAGGAUGGACCCCUUCAGUUAGAAGGGCAUUAGAACCCGAUCCCUCUCCAGGGUAAAUAAAAGCUGUCUCCCUCAUGGGAGACACUUAGCUGAAACUUGAGCAUCUUGAGGGAACUAGGUCCUUAGGGUCCCUUUCCCCAUUCACCUCUGAGAUUUGAAUUAAAGAUGGGAUUUGAGCCUAGUGGGAGCAUUUACAAAGCCAGAAUUAAUGUGUUACAAUUCUAUUAACUGUUCUCCCACCCAGCCAAGCAUGAGCUCAGACUUGGUUCCAUAACUAGUAGAAAUUAACCAACCCUUGGCCUGCGUGCUUUGUAGUAUCCAUUUGACUGAUUUGAGAUGUAAGAUUUUUGGUGGAAAGUCCUUUAUCCAUACAUAAUAUCGCUGCUUCUGAAUAUGGUGGAAGAGUAAGUGAAGCUACUAUGUGGAGCUCCAAAUCGCAUCCUUAGCAGAAAUAAGAACUUAGUCAUUGCCAAGAUUACUCAAAACUCUCACAGCCGAGUGAUUAACAAAACAGGUGGGGAAAAGCCCUCCCCUGCUAUGACGGCUAUUCACAUGCUAUUGUCAAAUGCACUGGCUUCCUAGGACAUACUCUACCUGCUAGCUUUGAUUCCCCCCGCCCUUUUAUAGUUGUAAGCGUGAUGCCUCUCCCCCAUCUCUACCCCCAUAGGAGCCCCUUGAGUGCAUAUUAUUAGAAUGACCAAAAGAAAAGAUUUUGUAUUACCAAAAUGUUGACUCUGUACUCAAUAGCAUGUAUCAGCUUUGUAGAUGAAGGCACCAUUAUGAUAAAGACUUGAAUUGAAAGAUAUUCUGCAGCCAGGUGGAAGAAUUAUAAGUAGUUGUGUCUUCUGAAAAUUAAAUCCAAGCGAGCUGUUG